CAUUGGUCUUGGACCUUUUGGUACCACGCUAGACAGAAGCAAGGUGGUCGAUUUCUCAUGGCCCAUAAGGAUUGACGAGUGGAGGAUCAUGGGAGCUCGAGGACGACCGGAGGUGGACCCGUGGGGCUUCGUGUUCCCCCUGUCACCGCUGGUGUGGGCGGCCAUCCUGACGACGCUGCUGAUGCUGCCUGGUAUAGUCUUCGUCUUGUCAUCUUGCUGCUUCCCUUAUACAGGGAUUUGGCGCAAGUGGUGUACAAACUAUUUUCGCUUCACCCUCGUUCUGUUACAACAAGAAGUCUCUGUUGGUGACGACUGGUGGUGGGAGCGGAUAGUGAUGCUGGUGUGGAUGAUGGUGACGCUGGUGCUGACGCAGAGCUACGCCGGCAACCUCAUGGCUCUCCUGAGCCACCUAUCUCAGGAGCAAGUACAGUCUUCUGCCGACACCCUCUACAUCACCAAUGUCACCCUGGAUACUGCCAAAAACAGACUGUUUUGGCUCAAAACUGCCUUAACAAAAGUGGGCAAUCUAAUGGUGAGAACCCCCACCAUGUUUCGACUGGUGGUGCCCCAUGGCUUAGGGGCUUCCCGUGAUGGUAUGGACAACUGGCACAAGGACAUCGAACUCAUGCUGAUCUCACAUCAUCACGAACUGAGCAAGCAUAACAAAGAGCUUGUAAUCCUCAAACGUCCCAAUGCUGUUACCCCAUCAAUGACAGCCAAAUCAGGUAUAUUCCGAGAGGUGGGCGACUUGGAGAAGGUCGGACGCCUCAUAUACUUGCCAUUGAGAGACUUCCCGAGGAGUGUCGACUCCCUGGUCAGAUCCGGUCGCCACCUGCUGGUUGAUGCCGACAUCAACUUCAGGAGUCUGAUGGCCCAAGACGUCUCGCGAACAGGUCGGUGUGACUUCUAUCUCUCCAGAGAAAAAUUUCUUGGCUUUCCCCUGGUCAUGAUAGUUAACAAGUACAGUCCUCUAGCGAGAGUGCUCUUCAAGAGAGCCAUGGAGUUUACGGAGACUGGUCUGCUGGACUUCUGGCUGAGGUCUGCUUUCGGCAACUCCACAACCUGUAUAUAUUCUCCGAAGUCAAUGACGAUAACAUCAAGCCUCUCCUUAAACAACUUAUGGGGAAUGUUCGUGAUUCUAGGAACGGGACUCAUUGGAAGCUUCACCGUGUUCUGUGUUGAGAGACUUUCCGCUUGA